UCUAUUUACGCCUUUUGAUACUAGAGUAAAGCUCCUCCAUUAAGUCCAUUGUCCAUAGCCCUGAAAAUAAAAUAAAAAAAGAGGUCCUCCAUUGAAGAGAGUAAAGUAGCAUCUGCAAAUUAAUAGUAGAGUUUUAGAUCUAAUUUCUUCAAUUUUACGCCUUUUGAUAAUGGCAGCUGAAGCAGGUAAUGUCAAAUCCUGUUGGUCAUUUCUUAGAAAAGGGAAUGUCGAAGUAUCCCGCGUAUAUGAUGACGGUUACCUGUGUUUGGAUGAGGAUCCAGUGGCAUGGAUUCAAAGUCACCCAGCUGCUGCUGAUCGUCUCUCUGUGCGAAUCUUGGAGUUGACAUUGGGGCUGUAUGGUGUGGGGAAGAUAACAGACAUGAUAGGGGAGCUGUCUGAGCUCACUCACCUCUAUUUCUAUUGGUGUCAUAACCUCAGGUGUUUGCCUGACACCAUCACAAGGCUGUCCAACUUACAGUUGUUAAAAAUUCAACUUUGUUCGCUUACAGAAUUACCAGAAAAUUUGGGAGAGCUGGAGAGCCUUACCCAUCUCUCUCUUUCUUCUUGUGGAGGUAUCAAGUUCCUUCCUAAUAGUCUUACAAACCUAUCCAACUUGACAACUUUGGAUCUUGAGUAUUGCGAAACCCUUACAGAAUUGCCUCCAAAUUUAGGAGAGCUGGAAUGCCUUACCCAUUUCUCUCUUUUUUAUUGUAGAGGUAUCAAGUCCCUUCCUAAUAGUCUUGCAAACCUAUCCAACUUGACAACUUUGGAUGUUAAGAGUUGCGGUUCGCUUACAGAAUUGCCUCCAAAUUUGAAUGUUAUACACCUCAUUAUUAAAUAUUGCUGCAGCAUCAAGGCCCUUCCUACAGGUUUAAGUAACCUGGCCAGCUUACAUCUCACACAAUGUAACUGUUGUCUUGCCAAUUUAAAGGACUCGCUCAACUUACGCCACUUCACCCUUGGAAGUUGCCAUUGUUCUUCUUAUGUUUACACCAACGUUAUAGAAUUCCCGGCAAAUUUGGAUGAGCUGCUACAAUUAUCUCUUGUCGAUAUCGAGCAUACCACAGUCAGAUAUCUUCCUUGGAGCAUCACAAAGUUACACAAUUUGCAAAUUCUAUGUCUCCCCGAGGACUUUAUACUCGAAACACUACCAUAUCAUUUGAAUGAUUCCGUCAUCAUCUCUAUGGACAAUUGUCAGGUUCGCAAAACUUGGAAAGAACUCAAAAGGGAGAUUGCAGUGGAUAAUUUGGGAAUAUCAACGUCUUGUUACCUUUGGUUGGACAGCAACAAGAGACUACAUCCAUGGCUGCAGACUAAUUACCAUCUUCAACCGUUUGUGAAAUCCCUAGAUUUGCAAUUUUUGGAUGAUGAAUUUGGAGAUCUCACGUUGCUGAAAGAGCUCACACAUGUGACACAUCUCUAUAUUUCUGGUGAUGUAGACCUCUGGCGCCUCGCUGACACACUCACAAAUAUUAACCAUCUCUAUAUUUCUGGUGAUGUAAACCUCCGGCACCUCCACACACUCACAAAUAUUACCCAUGUCUCUCUUCAUCGGGAUUACACUUAUGAUUUACUCGAUAGCCUGGCAGAGCCAUCAAACUUGGUAUCUUUAGAUGUAGAUCUUAGUGAAACAUACUUGCCGUCGAACAUCCAUCAAUUCGUCAACCUUAAAUAUCUCGCUGUAAGAAAUGCCAAAAACAACCGAUCAGUACCUGAUAACUGGGAAAAGCUAUCUAAUUUGAAAUCUUUGGUUCUCUACAGAUGUUAUGAUGUAUCAUUGCCAACACAUUUGAAUCUCACUAACCUCAAGCUUUUCGAUUGCUUUUUCAAGAAUGUCAGCUCACUACCUACAAGUAUACACCGCCUAGAAUUAUUGCAUAGCAAAAACUAUUGCUGUGAAAACAGGUAUUGUAGUGAAGAGCCUAUAGUAUGCUUGAAUCAGUUGGUCAACCUAAAGACGCUCUCUAUAACAUGUUACCAGUACUCUAGCAACCUACUUCCCAGCAUAGCAGAACUACGCAACUUGAAAGAAUUACAACUUAAGGAUUGUUUCGGCCUCAAACAAUUGCCCCCAGAUUUGGAUGAGCUAGUGGAAUUAUCCAUUCUAAAUAUCAGCGGUACCAGAAUCAAGUCCUUUCCUGAUUGCAUCACAAAGCUACAAAAGUUGCAACAUGUAAUCCUGCCCAAGUGCUUCAGAAAGGAAAAUUUACCCAAUAAUUCAAAAACGAAGUACAUCACUGAUGACACAGAUGAAGACUACUACAAGCAUAGAGGCUAUUAUAGUAGUGAAUAUGAAACCUCAAAUAUAACCUCUGAUGAAAGUAAUGAGAUCACAGUAGUAGAUUCUGCAGAGGUAGCCGACAAAGUGGUUUCAGAAUAUUCACAGGAAGGCAUCAUUUCGCAGCAGAUAUCAUCACCCCAACUCCUGAGUAUACCUAAUGCUAAUCAGUUUCUUGAAGAUACUCGUUUCACUGGUAGAAGCAAUACAAUGGGAGAAAGUUCACAAGUUCAAGAGGUGGAAACUUCCUCUACAGGACUCAAUUCAAAUACAAAUGAAAUAAAUCUCACCGACCAGAUGUUGGAAUUCGUAUUUGGGAACUCAUCAUUUGAUUUGGGGCACAUUUCUUAUAGUGAUGUGACUAAUAUUGAUCGUGUUGAGAAUAACCAUCAUGCUUCAGAAUAUACGCAGAACAACGAGAAUCCACCAAGUGAUGAGAACCAAGGAAAGAGACAGAAGAAGGAGAUUACUCAUGAGAAAAAUAAUCCAUGUCUGGUGGAUAAAAACAUGACACAAGUGAACCUUGGAGAGGAACUAGGCGAAUUUAAUCACAAUGGAGGAGAGGAUGCAGUUGAUGGGAUCAAUCACAAUGGAGGAGAGGAUGCAGUUUAUGAGAUCAGUCACAGCGCUUCUUGCGGUUCACCAGACCAAGACAUGGAGAAUAUGCCUGUAGGAAAUGAUAAAGAUUCAACAUCCACCAUAGUUCGCCGAGGGAAACGUAACAAAAUAGAGUUUAAUUUGACUAGAGAGCAACUUCAAUCAUACUGGUCCAGAAACAUGAGGAUACAAGAUGUUGCAGAAGAAAUAGGUGUGUCAAGGGCUGCAUUAGUACGCUGGUUAAUGGCCUCCGGUAUUAAAUGGCAAACAAGCAGGAUUUUGAAAAGUCAAUGUGCCAACAACAAGAAUACCAAUACUGCAUCAUUCUCUGUAAGUAAACCUGCAGAGGUCAAUUGUCAUGAACAUGCACCUGAGUGUUUAAGUGAUGCAAAUGAACGCGUUGUCAUUAACAACUUAAGCCUUGCUGUGACAAUGGACAUUGUGGAAGAGCCUGGAGUGGCAACGCAAUGCCAUAACAAUGGUAGUGAACAGGCCUCUGACACUCUGGUGGGUGCAGAUCAGGGUACUCAACAAGAGAGCCCAAGUUUAAGCAAAUUCAUUGUGAAAGCCACUUACAAAAAAGAUACUGUUAGGUUCCAUAUCUCUUCAGCUGCUAGUUUCCAUGAACUAGAAAAAGAAGUGGCUAAAAAUCUAACACUCAAGCUGAGCAAAUUUAAAAUAAAAUAUGAAGAUGAGGAGAAAGAGUUGAUGCUAAUGACCUUGGACUCUCACUUGAAGGAACUUCUAGAUCUUUCAAAAUUAUCUGGUAGCAAAAUUGUUCGGUUGUUAAUAUUUGAUUUGUGAAUGUCAUAAUUGAAUAGAUAGAUUUCUUAAGUUACUAUUCAGGAAAUUGUAAAUUACAACACUUCAUGAAUUCAUUGUGAUGUUUAUGUGUUGGUUUGUGGCACAAAUUCUAGCCCAUCACUAAAUAUCUCCGUUUGUAUGCAUUAUAAUUAUCUCUCAAGGUCAUCUCUGAUUUGGUAAAUUAUCGAGCUAUCUAAAACUCCAAAUGGUAAGAUACUAGAUAGUUUAAGCUCCUUGCAUAGGUCCGCAAAUUUUGAUUAUACACACUAGAUCAUUCUGGAGCAUGUGAAACAAAGAUAGUUCUACCACUUUUCUAUGCAUUUGUUCAACCGACAUCAGGCCCUAUAAAUUGGGAAAAUGGGCAUCCAUUUGCAUCAUCACAUAAAGAUCAACCAACAAGCACACAACAACAAGAAACCAUACCUACAAGCCUUUCUCUAUACUCACCCUUAUAAGUUUUGGGUGAUUCUUGUACUCUACUAUUUUCAUACGGUGAAUUUUGGGUACUUGUCGUCCAUGAAUUUAUUUUUCGCACGUUAACUUGUGUAUCCAUCUUUUACCACUUUCCUUGUCACAUAUUUCCUACUCUGUUAUUUUGCUCAAUCCCUACAUCGAAGUAGCUAAUAACCUCAAAAUUGAAUUGAGAAAUUUCGGAAUAAAAAAAAAUGAAGAUGAAUGUAUGCUAAUUUUGCAAUGUCAUUUGGAAAUGAAACUGCAAAUUGUUUAGGAUACCGUUAAUGAAAAUUGUAAAUUAAAAUGGGGGGUUACUAAACGUAGCCCUACUUUACUAAACGCUCACAGAGUAAGUACUAUUUCGUGCAAUCGACAAGAAACAUAUUACUCUGUUUUGUGCAAAUUGAACAAAACAGGGUAAACUGUAUCUUUGUGAUUGUAUGAAACGAAGGCAUCUACUUCAUGUAACUUGUGUGAAACUCUCUCAACAAAGCACUUCUUCAGUUUAUGUUUUUUUGACUGUGAUAUCAUAGAAAUACUUCAUUAAGCAAGAAAACAUAUCAUCAACAGCAAAUCGUCGAAGUUCCACAAAACUUCAAUCACCAAAAUUUCUUAAUCUAUAAAAUCAAAAAAAGGUGCUUGGAAAAAAAAGAUAGGUUAGACAUGAGCCCUGAGCAGAGGAGCAUCCAAACUCAUCAGAGAUCUAAAAAAACAAAAACAAGAAAAAAAAAAACUACUAUUGAUUUACAUGAUGAAAAAACCAACUUCGAAUCAAACCAGAAAA